AUGGCAGCAUCAACGCAGAACGAACCAGGCUCUGGCCCCAACGUCCGCAGCUUCGAUAUGGACAUUACCUUCCGUGUCCGCGCUCGCAAAGGGGAUUCGAAGCAUGCCUCCUACUCCGGCCAUACAAUGACAAGGACUCCGAUGCAAGAGUCCCGAAGCACGAGAAUCACAAAUCGCCGCACCUCGUACCCACAGCGGAUGCAAUUGCGACAAGCCAGACAGCACAACGAAAGCAGCAGACUUCUCCGCCUGUCGCCAGAACUCCGCAACCACAUCUUCGAACUCGUUCUCGUCGACGACGAGCAAGUCUUCAUCGGUGCCAACACGACUCUGCCAGGCCUGCUCUCCACCUCCUCCCAAAUUCGCGCCGAGACACAUCUCAUGUUCUGGCAACGAAACGAGUUUGUCUGGCAAAUCUCCGACUACAACGCCGCCAAUCUCCAACGUUUUACCACAAGCGAUCUCUACGUCUCUUUCGACAACGUUGCUCGUACCAGAACGUAUCAAGUGCGAGUCCUGGACCAGCCGAAUUGGCGCAACCUGCUUGCUUGGCUGUAUGCCGAGCAUUCCGCCACUACCCGCGAGACUUUCAAAAUCGUGUCGAAGCGCCCACCCCGGGAAUUCAUACGUAUCGUCACUCUUCUGAAGGAUACGAUCUCGUCGAGGGAGAUAUGUUGGAAAGAAGAUAGUCUUGCCAUAUCUCGAGCGAUUCAGCGGAAUGGUUUGGCAAGCUGUGACGAGAGAUGGGGCAGGGAGGACUACUUCGCAGAGUUCAGGACGGAUAAAUGGAAAGAGCUCUGA